AUGUCACUAGAGUCAAUGCUACGAUACAACGCCACAGGCAUGUUCAUAAAGACAUUCGACAACAUUAUAAUGAUGUCCAAGGUGGACAACAUAACAACACCGAUAGGCUGUGAUCUCUUGUUACAAUCUAUUGACUAUAACAACGCGACAGUGUUCAAACAUCUACUACUGCAGAACAGCAAUGGUAUUUGCUUGCAAGUACUGGACCAUGAGGAUGUGCUCGAGAGUUUAUGUAAGAGUGGAAACAUCGACAUACUCGAGAGCUACCUCGCAGCCACACACUACCACCCAUUGCCCAGCAAGACGAUUGAGUACAUUCCCGCUGCCGUCGACUCUGGCAAUGAACAGUUUGUGCGACUGCUACUCAAACAUAUUCCAUUCGUCCCCGACUCAUUACUCGGCCCUAGGUACCGAGCUCCUGAGAGGCCACCACCAUCGUCAGAGGACGACGAGGGAUCCGCCUUGUUCAAAUUCAAGAGACGUGGCAUCACACUCGGCAUGCUCAGAUUGCUACACGAGGAGUUUGAUUGCCUUUUCGCUCGCAUCAUCAUCUGGCACAUGGCAUUGAUGCACUCGAUCAAGUGCAACAUGGUGGACAGUGUUCGAUACAUCUUUGAACACCUGCCCGACAAGGCUUUGGAUGACGAUCAAAUGUAUAGCCACCAACAACUUAGUGAGCAUUUGAUCCAGAGUUGUCUAGAGCGUUGCGCCAAAUAUGGCAAUAUCACAAUCUUCCUGAUGAUCAUUGAAACGCCACAAGGCAGCAAAUACCUUGGGACUACAGAUUCGAUCUACGAAGCGAUCGAGAUCGCGCUGGACCAAGGUCGCGAAGACUUUCUCAAACAUCUCGUCCUCCAUCACAUGGACACUUUGGACGAUUCAAAUCAAGAGCUGUUAAGAAAUUGUUUCCAAGACGAGGCUCUGACUAGAUUGCGUGUCAUCCCAAGGGCUGCAAUAAUGAACAAUGACAUUGUGGCCCUGGACUCAGUCGCACAUCAGGGCGACAUCUUCAGUUUGAAUGCCAAGAUGUGUCGAAGGAUGACAGAGUCAAUGGCGCGGUUCAUCUGCAGUCCACGCACGCCACCCUUCCUAUUCUCUGGUGAGUCCUUGUUGAGCAUGAUCAAGGCUGUGGGCAAACCAAACAGCAACAUCACCUCGGACAUUGUUCAUCAGUUCAUGGUCAAUUGCAGCAUCUCUGGUGAGGGUAUCGGGAUCCCUGAACUCCAUGAUGCUCGAUGUCUAAGGACUGCUCUCAAACGAGGAUGUGGCCAACAGACAUUGGAGUUGCUCUUCAAACGCGUCGACAAAGAGCACUUGGAUGAUGAUUUUGUCAGUGCUGCUGCGAUGGCCUUCAUCAUGAAACAACCAUUGGAGGAUGUCAUCUUUGUGUUGGAACACUUGGAAUCAUUCAGAAAUGAUCCAAACAUUUGUGCUUGGGCCACAUCCAAUCCACACUUGGAUGUCUUUGAUCAUGUGAUAGGAUUGUUCCCCAAGGACAAGAAGAUGAGGGACACCGAGGACGAGGACGAGGACGAGGAUGAUGAUGAUGAUGAUGAUGAGGAGGGCUCAGACAUGAGCGCAUCAGAAGAAGAACAUGAGGAGGAUGAAGAGGAGGAAGAUGAAUUGACUGUGGAGGACUGUAUAGAUCGCAUUAUCGAUGAUGCACUACUCAAUGACAAGCCUGGAGUGGUUGAUAACAUUCUUGGGAUGUUCCCAGAGUAUAACAUCAAGGUCAUGUUGGAGCAGUCUCUAUUUCAACUACAUCAGUUGGUCAAGGAUAAUGCAUUUCAUUCUUUGGAGGCCCUGUUCAACUCAUACAGCGAUGAUUUGUCCAAUACUGAGAUGCUAAGAAUCCUAUACUCCAUCUUGGUUUGCUCCUAUGAGCAUGGAAUACCACGAGUAAUCACUCUCUGUCAAGACCAGAUCAAGAUGAUCCUCUCACACUCAAACGAUCAAAUGAAGCUGGACAAUAAACGUACCGUGGUCAAGACAAAGAAGCGUCGACCUAAUGCCAAGAAGGCUAAGCUGGGCACAGUGAUUCACUUGGUGUUGAGUGACAAGAAGUUAAGCACACGGAUAAUGGAGAGUAUUGGACUGAUUCAUAGAUCAUCAUUUGGAAUGAAGGAGGACCAACUGAUCAAAGGUGCCAAACUACUCGAUAAUCAUUCUCUGGGUGAUUACAUCAGAUAUGGCGCAACAGAAUGGUUCAUCAAGAGUUACAAUGACAACAUCAACAUUCUCAAUCAACAUGUCAACACAUCAUUAUUGGAGACUGCACUGGCCAGUUGUAACAAACAAGUUGUUAAGUUGCUGUUGGACAACCCAUUGAUGACACUCUAUAUCAAAGAUUCUGAUCCCAUCAGUGUUUACUUUGUCUCAAGGAUAUCAUCAUGCACUCAUCCCGAUUGGGAGUGGGUGUUUGAUCAAUACCUCAGGCUCACACUAUUGCCGGACAAGCCCACGCUCAAGAUCAACGCAGAUGUCUUGGUACAAGUACGCCAUCCAGCAUUCGUACACAAACUGGUACCUCUGUUCAACUUUGAACGCCUUCAUCAAGACCACUUAUUCCUCGUCGAACAGUUUUGGUUCAACAAACCAUGUGCAUUGGAGAUGCUUGAGGUACUCACUCAACACGAGCUGAUCACCAUCGAGCUAGAGAUCUCCCUGUUCUUCAAGGCGAUUGAGCUCGACAUGAUACCAAUCGUCAGAUACUUUGUCAAGGACAGGGAGAUCGCACCCAACAUGCCGGUUGUACCAUUUGCCGAUCUAAAUCCACUCAAUAAUUUACAGAGACGUGCCAUUGACCUUUGUUACAAAUAUGGACGAAUGGAGUGCUUGGAGUUGCUCAUGGACGACGGUAUGCUCUUGCCUUCAUUUGGCAUGGCAGUCAGAUAUGGAAAUCUGGCAAAGGCUCAGCAGAUGCACUCACUCAUCGUAUCGUCUGGAAACAAUGUCCUCAUUCAAAAGCAUCGUCCAAUCAUCCAUUUGGCCCAUGCACUGGAUUUUGGACAUCUUGACUUGGCCAACUUCAUACUCAACUUGGCUGCAUCAACCAAGACCAACCAUGGUGAUGAUGAUGUUGAUGAUGUUUAUGAUAGAGUUGAAAUAAGGAGAAUUCAUCACAGUAUACUCUCGAUCGAGUUGUUGGAAAAACUGUUGGCACUUCCAAAUGUUAUUUGCUCGUUUGAUUGUGUAAUGGGAGAGGCAAUCAAGAUGUCUGCGACAGAGUCUGGUGACAAUGACAAACAGGAAGUUAUCAAGAUGUUGGAACAGCUAUCGAGGAAAGGUGUGAUUUCAACAAACUUUUCGUUUGCCUUCAUUCAAGCUUCAAAGCUUGCUGACAUUGGUUCCAUCAGAAGGCUCAACACAUUGGUCAAGGACAUGAAGCUGGUUGGCACAGUGUCAUCGAUUUACAAUCUAUCAUUAUAUGAAAUGAUCAACCUGAUUAGACAGCUCAACAACAACAUUCUAACCGAAGAGACAAUCAAAGAGUUUGAAACAGAUAAUAUCAAGACCAACUCAUUUAAUAUCAUCUUUAAUUUGAUGAGUGAUGGUGACAUGCCAUCACUCUCAACCAUCAAGUUGUUUGUGACCCACUUGACAACCUUUGGCAACGAUCCAGACGAUGAUCUUGCCAAAUUCCGACGAGCCAAUGUCAGCGCCAUCAUCGAAAGAGUCAUCAAGAAUGAGCACAUUGAAACCAUCGACUACAUUAUCAACUUGGCAUUGACAAUUAACAAGUAUUUCAAAUUACAGGACAGUUUUAACUUGGAGAUGUGUAGCCUACCUGUACUCAAGCAUCUCUUGGACAAGGGAUACAUCAGUGUGGACGAUCAUCAAUCCGACGCCAUCAUUCGAUUGGUUGACUGGGCCUGCAGAGAAGGACAUCUGGACAUCAUCCAACUCAUUCAUCAACGAUGCACCUCACCAGCACAGCUAUCAAGAUACAUUCCAACGUUGGAGGGUAUAUUCGAAGCGACAGAGAGAAAUCAUCAUCAAGUGAUCAGAUAUCUGCUUGAAGGUGAUGGUCACUCAUCAUCAACAACAAAGUCAUCGGCAAAGAGGCAAAGAGACGAUGAUGUCCACAUUACAGAACAGGCCAAUCAAAAGUCACACAAGACCAAUACCUAA